UCUGCAUCGGUUUCUGCUUAACAAUGGCGGCCGCGGGAGCCGGGUCUCCGAACCGCUUGGUCCAGUACGUCGUGGUCCGGUCGGACCUGGUCCACAAGCUGUCGUGGCCCCUGGGGGCCGUGAUAACUCAGGCCUGCCACGCCGCCACCGCCGCCAUCCACCUGCACUACGAGGACCCGGACACACAGCGGUACCUCGCCGAGCUGGACUCCAUGCACAAAGUGGUGCUGGGGGCUCCAGAUGAGGCCGCCCUCUGCAGCCUGUCGGACGUUCUUACACAGGCCGGCGUGGCCCACAAGCUUUGGGUGGAGCAACCGGAGAACACCCCCACCUGCCUGGCUCUGAAGCCGUGUCCGAAGGAGGCGGUGCAGCCGCUGCUGCGCAAGUUCAAGCUCUUCAAAUGACUCCCGUGAGAGGCAUCGGCCGGCUGAGCGCGUCAGGGACCCGUACUAUCUUUUAAAAAGGAGAACAUCUAAAUAAAAAGUUGUUCUCUUCAUCUCGUCGAAUCCAAACGCCUGUAAUGUGCAAGAUUAAAGUCGGGGAAAAAUGAA